AUUCAAUAUCAUCCAAUACACGUCUUUUUCAAUCAAAUAUCAUUCAAAUACGCGUCUUUCUUACCUUUAUCAUCAAUAUGUUACCUCAACUCUGUGAUUUCACCACCAACAAGAUUGUACACCUUCUUAAGAAUGAUUAUAUGCCUGCUGAGAUCGCGCGAAGCAUUGAGUAUCACCUGUGUAUAUUGAAUUCAAUGAAAUCUUCACUGUUUUGAAACUGCUAGAGAACUCUGUUCAACAUGUGAUAUAAAGUCAAAGAUCAUAUCAGAUAUCUCUUCAAUUCUGAAGAGAUUUGAUGGAGAUAUUGAAGCUUUUUUGCAUCAUGCAGUUGAGAACUUCAUAAGAGAAAAAGAUAUAAAAGAAUAUUUCAGAUCUACUUAUAUAGAAUAGUAUUGUAAUAAUUAGAAAGAUUCAGAUUACAAUUCAUUAUAAUAUAAAUUUAGAAGUGAAAGCAGUAUGAGAUCUGUUCUUAUCACUAUAAAUAGUGAAUAAAGAUGAUUUGAAUUUCUGCAAUUUUGUCUGUUAUAAUGGACUUUUUAACCCAUCUCUUAUAAUUUGAAAUAUACUCUUGUCAAUAUUCAUAUGAAGCAACUGUCCCCUUGUCAAUCAAUUGAAGUAUUCAUCAAAUUGAGGUAUUGGACUGCUUUGAAUUGGAGAUGGAACAGCGGAUUCGAUGGAAGAUUCAACGGCGGAUUCGAUGGAAGAUUUCAACGGCGGAUUCGAUGGAAGAUUUCAACAGUGUAUUCGAUGGAAGAUUCAACGGCGGAUUCGAUGGAAUAUUCAACGGCGGAUUCGAUGGAAGAUUCAACGGCGGAUUCGAUGGAAGAUUUCAACGGUGGAUUCGAUGGAAGAUUUCAACAGUGGAUUCGAUGGAAGAUUUCAACAGUGUAUUCGAUGGAAGAUUCAACGGUGGAUUCGAUGGAAGAUUUCAACAGUGGAUUCGAUGGAAGAUUCAACGGCGGAUUCGAUGGAAGAUUUCAACAGUGGAUUUUGAUGGAAGAUUCAACGGUGGAUUCGAUGGAAGAUUUCAAGGGCGUAUUCGAUGGAAGAUUCAACGGUGGAUUCGAUGGAAGAUUCAACAGUGUAUUCGAUGGAAGAUUUCAAGGGCGGAUUCGAUGGAAGAUUCAACGGCGGAUUCGAUGGAAGAUUUCAAGGGCGUAUUCGAUGGAAGAUUCAACGGUGGAUUCAAUGGAAGAUUCAAAACAGUGUAUUCGAUGGAAGAUUCAACAGUGUAUUCGAUGGAAGAUUUCAAGGGCGGAUUCAAUGGAAGAUUUCAACAGUGUAUUCGAUGGAAGAUUCAACGGUGGAUUCGAUGGAAGAUUUCAACAGUGUAUUCGAUGGAAGAUUCAAAACAGUGUAUUUGAUGGAAGAUUCAACAGUGUAUUCGAUGGAAGAUUCAACGGCGGAUUUGAUGGAAGAUUCAACAGCAGAUCUGGAUGUGGAUGAUAAUGAGAUUGUGAAUUCAGUUCUUCUAUUCCUUUCAUCAUAUAUUUCAUCAUCAUCACAUUGAUUAUCUCACUUGAGAAUGCCAUAUUGAAUGAAGUUGAAGCUGCCAGAGCUGAAGGAGGGAAUAUAAUCACUGACAUUUGAGAGAUCUGUAUAGAAGAAUUGAUUGUAGAAAUUAUAGAUUCAUUCUUCUAAUUCUUCUUCUUCUUUCUACUCAUUAAUCAUUUUGUCAUCUCUCUUGUUCUUUAUCUCAUUGAUAAUCACCCAUUCAUACAAUCUGUAUGAGAUGUCAGGCUCAGGUGUAGGGAUUCGCAGAUAUCAAGGAUCCUCAGACUGAGUCUCUAUAUCCUCCUCAUCCAUCUGCUCCUCCAUCUCAUCAUUGACCGGAUCCUCUCCAUUAUCCAGAACUUCUGGAACAGGUAGUUUGGGGAGACUGAGGCGCAGGGUAGGAGUCUCUGUACAGGCUUGCGAAGCAGCAGAACAGCGGGCGUUGCGAGGCAUAUUGAAAAAAGGGUUGAUUGAUAUAUGUGGAUUUGAUGAUAAAGGUAAGAAAGACGUGUAUUUGGAUGAUAUUUGAUUGAAAAAGACGUGUAUUGGAUGAUAUUGAAUGAUUC